AUGGUGGGAUAUGAUCCGGAUAAAAAAAAUUUAACAAGUAGUCAAAUUUUAAUUGCUAGUACAGGCUCGGGUUUUGUUGCACGUUUUCUUUUACAACCAAUUGAUGUGAUUAAAAUUCGUUUGCAAUUACAAAUUGAACCAAUACGCCGUCAGACAGGUUCAAAAUAUCAUAGUCUAUUGCAAAGUAUUCGAUUAAUUCAUCAUGAAGAAGGUAUACGAGCUUUUUGGAAAGGUCAUGUUGCUGCACAAUUUUUAUCGAUUUCAUUUACUGCUGCUCAAAUGUAUUCAUUUGAAAAAGUAACACAACAAAUGGGAGAAAUUUUUCCUAGCACAACAACAUCGCCCACAGCUAAAGUAAUAACACAUUUUAUAGCUGGAUCAAUUGCUGCAUCUGUAGGUGUACUUAGCUGUCAACCAGCCGAUGUUUUACGAACACGAUUUGUUGGACAAGGUGAACCAAAGAUUUAUAAAUCUUACAUGCAAGCAAUAAAUCUUGUUUGGACCCACGAAGGUAUUCGUGGAUUUUAUCGUGGAUCAAUUCCAGCGAUUAUUCUUUAUGCACCUGUUUCUGCACUUACAUUUGGAUUUUAUGAAUUUUUUAAUCGAACAUGGGAUCGUUUACCACUUGAACAUUUUCAUUCUGUAAAGCACGCAUUUAAUGGUGGUUUAGCCGGUUUAUUAGCUAGACUAAUUGUUUAUCCAUUUGAUUUAACAAAAAAACGACUUGAAGUUGUCAACUUUGAAGAAGCUCGUUCGAAAUUUGGACAAACACGAAUCUAUUCUGGUAUGAUGAAUUGUUUUUCUGAAAUAUUUCGACAUGAAGGUUUUACUGGUCUUUACAAAGGCAUAGCACCAAGUAUGAUUAAAGCUUAUAUAUCCACUGCUAUUACUUUGAGUAUUUACGACUCUCUAUGCAAUACUCUUCGAAAAACAUCUUCUGAUUAA